UUUAUUUAUUUUUUCCUGCUCAAACUUUAAAGUCUACACUGUCUUCAUCUCUUUCUCUCUCCGUCUCUGUGAUUUGCUUCUUCGAACUUUAAAAAUGGCGAUGUCGAAGGUGGAGAAGCUUUCCAUCUCCUUCUUCUUCCCCAGACCGGAGAAAGAACGGAAGAAAAGCUUCGAUCCCCAUUGAAAAUCCUGCUCCAAGCUUUCUUCUGUUAGAGCUCCGGGCACGGCAAUGUACGAUAAUGUCUUCUGGUGGGCCUUCUUUGCCCUUCUCUUCACAGCUGCGUCAGUUCUCCUCUCUGCUAUCUUCUUCCCUGUUUUCCCUUCAAGCACAACCCUUAGGGUUAGGAAUAGGGAGGGCCCAGAACCUGCUGCCGGCGGUCCCACGCCGAGAGGGACGGAUCCCGGCGUCGAUCCGCAGGGGUUCGAUUACGAGGUGUUCCUGAGCUUCAGGGGAUCAGACACUCGCAAGGGGUUCACCGAUUUCCUCUAUAGCAGCCAUAAAGAUGCUGGGGUCCACGUGUUCAGGGAUGACGAGGAGCUCCGGGUGGGGAAGAGAUCGGACCCGAGCUUCUUGAAGGCAUCAGGAAUUUGAAGAUCUCGAUUCCGAUAUUCUCCAAGGAUUACGCUUCGAGCAAAAGGUGCCUCAAGGAGCUGGCUUUUAUGGCGGAGUGUCGGAGAGCAAGAGAGCAAUUGGUGAUGCCAGUAUUCUAUGACGUCACCCCGAAUGAAGUCCGUCACCAAGCAGGGACCUAUAAAAGAUCGUUCUCGCAGCAUGCGAGGAAGUAUGAUCCGCUAGUCGUUCAGCAGUGGAGGGACGCUCUCGUUGAGAUUGGAGCCUUAAAAGGUUGGGAGUUGAAGAACAUCGCCAAUGGACACCAAGGGGAACUAGUGAAAUUAGUGGUUGUCAGGGUCUUGAAAGAAUUGAAGAAAGCUUAUCUUGUUGUGCCUGAUAGCAUAGUUGGAAUAGACGAUCAUGUAGAAUCAAUUACGAGAUUGCUAGAGGUUGAUGCCAGCGAUGUACGAAUUGUUGGGAUACAUGGCGUGGCUGGUGUUGGUAAGACAACCAUCGCCAAGGUCGUCUAUAAUCAGCUGUUGGAUCACUUUGACAGUUGUAGCUUCCUCAAAGAUAUCCGAGAAACAGCACUUCAGCACAAGGGUCUUGAAUAUUUGCAAAGCCUACUGAUCUCUAAGAUCUUAAGUUGUGAGUGACAGGACUUAACUAGUAUCGACGAAGGAACUUAUGAGCUGAAACACAGGUUACGUACGAGGAAAGUCCUUAUUCUUCUCGAUGACAUUGAUAGGAGGAAUCAACUAAAUGCACUUGCAGCGGAACUUGAUUGGUUUGUUCCGGGAAGCAGAAUUAUUGUAACAACUAGAAACGGAGAUGUUCUGAGCACAUCUCAAGUGGUUGCGGCUUAUGAAGUCAGAGAACUGCAGCCUCAUCAAGGUUUUCUUCUUUUCUGCAAGCAUGCCUUUAGAAAUGACUUGCCCCCGACUGACUUUGUUGAUAUAUCGUACAAUAUCGUGGAGACAACUGGUGGACUACCUUUAGCACUCGAGGUCAUAGGUUCUUUUCUAGCUGGAAAAUGCAUGGUAGUGUGGGAAGACACUUUAAAGAAGUUGAAAAGUGUACCUCAUACGGAAGUCCAAGCAAAAUUGAAGAUCAUCUAUAAGCAUUAGAUUAUGAUCAGAAACAAAUAUUCCUCAACAUUGCUUGUCUUUUCAUUGGAAGCAAUGUAAGGAUCGAAGUUCCCAUAUGGGAAGAUUGUGAGUUCUUCCCAGAUGUUGGACCGGAAGUCCUUUGUCUAAUGUCUCUCUUUAAAACAGGAGAUAACCCAUGAGCUAUGGAUGCAUGAUCAGUUCAGAGACCUUGGGAGAGAUCGUUUGUCAAGAAACCUACAACUAGCGGGGGAAGCGAAGCAGUUUAUGGCACACUGAAGAAGCAAGUGUUGUACUUUAUAGGCAAGUGGUAAAAAGAUGAGUUUGUGCUUAUUAUGCUCCUUAUUCAGCUUCUGUUUUGAAGUUAGGACCAUCACCUUUUUUUGAGGUCUUCUGAUUUGAAAUCAAAUCCUAUUCUUCACUGAGAUGCACUUCCAGCCAAACUCACAGCCUAAUUAUUGCUAAUUGUAAUACUGGGUUCAACGCAUGUCGAAGCCGUUUGUUUGACUUUGGGGAUUAAAUUGGUCAAUUACUGCUUCGGAAAUCAAGAGUUCAUAAACUCAUCAGAUCUGAGGUUCCUUCAGUUGUAUUCUGCCAAUCUUGCCAGUGAUUUUCACCGUAUCCUGUCAAAGUUGAGAUGGCUAAGUUGGUUGAUAAGAAGCUCCAAAGUUCAGCCAGCGAAUUCAUAGCGCAGCAUAAGAGAGGAUUGGAGCGGCUUCGAUCUCGACUAAGAUGUCAGUGAAGUUGAAAUUGCUUGACUCACGGGUUGCCGAGAUCUACGACAAACUCCGGAUUUCUCUGUUUUUCCAGUGUUAAGAGCAAUUGAUUCUCGAAGACUGCAGAAGUUUGGUUGCGGUUGACCCAUCAAUUGGACAACUCAAGCAUCUGAUUUCCCUUAAACCUGAGGAAAUGCUUGGAACUCAAGAAGCUACCAGCACAGUUGAGUUCCAUGAGAGUGUUGAUCGAGCUUACCGAUUUGAUCAACCGCCAUGAGAAAGCUUGAAACUCUCUUUGGCAGAGGGUGCAAGAACUUGACUCAGCUUCCUGAUUCGACCAGCUGCUUUACUCCUCUUGAAGAUCUCGUGUUGGAUUGCAGUAGUAUAACCAAACUUCCAGAUUCGAUUGGGUCAUUAGCAGAACUUUCAGACUCCAACGGCCCUUUAAGUUCAUUGACUGAGCUGAACUUAUCGAAUAUGACAAUUCGAAGUUUGCCCGAUUCUGUUGGAAACUUGAGCAGUUUGGAAAUUCUUAACAUUGAUAGUAGUCUUGUGGAGCAGUUCCCUGUUACUCUUUGGAUGCUGGAGAAGCUUAAAUUAACAAACGCAUCCAAGUGUAAGGAAUUGAAAGGGAUCAUUCCGACGAACUUCAGAGGCUGUCAUUGUUGAAGCUCUUGACAUUAAACCACACACAACUCGAUAGCCUUCCAAUAAGCAUUAGCAGGCUUUCCCAUCUACAGAGUCUCGAUUUAACGGGAUGCCAGAGGCUCCAGACUCUCCCAGAGCUUCCGUGUACUCUAAUUUCUCUGCAGAUUAUCUGUAAAUCAAUGGUUUCCUUUUUCCCUCGUCUCACUAAUUUAAAGGAACUUUGUUUCUCAAAAUGUUAUAAACACGAGCAAGUUCCUCCUGAGAUUGGGAACCUAUCAAAGUUGGUAAUGAUAUGCGUUAGCACAUUACCACAAGAGGUCUACCCUUUCUCAACUCAAAGAACUUUCUAUUCAGGAUUGCA